GUUUUCGUCCGAUUCGUCCGAAGACCGACUAUAUAAGACAGUUGCUCCGCUCAUCGUUCCGUCAGAUUCCGUUUGCAAAUCAUCGCACAGUGUGUCAAAUUAGACCUGCCAUUCUCAGAUUUUCAUCAUGGGUUUCCUCAACUUGAAAAGCAGCGUAGCUUGUCUUUUGUUGCUUCAACUGUCAAUCUAUAGCUACGCCAAGCCGAUGGGUUCGCCGACGGUUGAGGUUAGUGGCAAAGGCUUUACGUCAAAAACGACUGUCAACUUAGCGCGCAUAACGCGUAAUGCGACAAGUCUGAGACAAGAGAUUCAACCUGAAAUGAAAGCAGAUCAUACAUCGUCUGCUCGUGGAUUUGCGAUGAAAAAAAAUGAGGAUUUCGUUGUCGAAAAACAAGAAGAGUCAUCCGCAAUUCAGAAUCCGAAAGAGCAGCCGGCAUUAACAGGAGAUCCUGACAUGUCAAUUCCACUUUGGGAUUCAUCGAAAAUCGAGAAUCCCAAAACGCAAGAGGAUUCUCCUAUUUCAGACGAAGAAGUAUCUCCACGAAGUCCUCCACAACAAGACAAUUCUUCCGCCGAUCGCAAAAAGGAAGCCGAACGUUUGCAGAAGGUUGUUUCCGUGUUGAAUCUCAAUCGAGUGUUGAGCACAUCGGCAUCUCCUCCGAUAGUUCGUCGUGCGUUCAAUGGACCACCAUCGGAACCUUUCGAAAGACAGCGAGCUCUUGGAUUCCCCCAACUCAUCACGAACACGCUCGAUAACUUCCAUCACCAAAUUGAUUGGUCCCGAUUCUCGUCUUUCUUGUAAAAUGUUCAGCGAAAGCAUUUCAUUUAAUUUUUCCUUUAA